AUGGAUCUCAAAGUGAUCUGUGUGCUCUCCGUCAUCCUCAUUGUAGCCCUCAGCACCUUGGCAGAGGGAAAGACAGCACCAACGAGAUGUCAGUGUAAACUGGCCCCCAGGGAGCGGAAGAACUGCGGCUACCCAGGAAUCUCAGCAGCGGAGUGCAGGAAAGCUGGAUGCUGCUUCAACGCUUCAGUCCCCAGCGUUCCCUGGUGCUUUACUCCUAAAACAAAGAAAGUUAGGAAAGUAUGUUCCGAGGAUGCUCGCAACAGGAUAAACUGCGGCUUCCCUGGCAUCUCAGCUGUGCAGUGCAAAAGGAGGGGGUGCUGCUUCAGGGCACAUCCUGCUGGUGUCCCCUGGUGCUUCUACCAUCGUGUCGUGGAGGAAGGCUACUUUCUGAUUCUCCUACAGGAGAAAGACAAACCUGUAAAGCUCUUGAUAGAGCCAUCAAAUCUACUUGACUCUACAGAGGCAGGUGGGGAUAGCAAGGAGGUCCUAGGAACAGGUGGAGCUUUAUGCAGCCUGUCUGACAGAGCAGAUGAGAUGGUGGUGGGACAAGAGAUUGACUGUGCUAGAAAGAAGUGGGGGGAUAUAGUGCGACUCUGA